UACUGCAUUCCCAGCGAAAUCGUGCCAAGAAAAUGGUAUCCUGCGGUGCAGGGCUCUCUGAAUACCUUUGCUUCUAUGUCCACAAUUACGUCAAUCCUCAGCGUCGGUGCACUCACAAGAGAUGAUGCACAUCAAGGCUGGAGACAUUAUUACUGGAUCAUGUUCGCUGUGCGGGGAGUAACAAUUCUUGGACUGCUCUUUGGAUAUAGGCCGCCGAAGAGACACGCGCGUUGUGAAACUCUGAGGAUUUGGGACAAGAUACGACAAUUGGACCUUGUCGGCUUCUUUUUGCUCACCACAGGACUGUCGCUAUUCCUUGUUGGCAUGGGUCUUGGUGGAGUUCUAUACGCUUGGGAUGACGCGCCAGUGCUUGGGACCUUAGUCACUGGAAUCGUGACUCUGCUCGCUUUCGCCCUGCACGAGUGGAAGGGAACAACACACGGGAUCCUGCAUCACGAUCUAUUCCGAGGGCCGCCAGAGUAUGUUCGGACCUAUGUUGGAUGUAUACUGCUUAUCUUUAUCGAAGGAAUUAUGCUGUUUGCAUUUGUGAUAUUCUAUCCGCAGUUGCAAGUUUACUUCCUACCUUUCUGCGACACACGCAGCGACUGAUGCAUCUUCUAGGACGGGCGACCUGUUUGAGACUGACCCUUUCCUAAUCAGUGCUCGCACUAUGCCAUGGUGGGUAGGC